GCUCCGCCCCGUUCCGGAGCCGCGAUUUAAACCCAGAGCCGCGGAGCUGGAGCAGCUCAGACUCGAGGAGGGACAGGGGUACGGACACAGACACAGACACUGACCGACAGACAGACAGACACAGACUGACCGACCGACACUGGUUUUGCAGGAAGAAGAUCUGAGGACCAAGCUAAAUGAAGAAUAUGACGCUGUUGGGAAUUCCGACCACUAUAUUUCUGCUCCUCGCUCUUGCUGUGGCAUCAGAGCCCCAGCACCUGCGAUUUAAACGAGGAUCAAGAAACUUUGAAUCUAAAUCUACUCGAGGGCGUUGCGUGAGCUCUGCCGGGUCUGAGUUUCACCUACAGGGUGAGACAUGGCUGCAAGUCGAGGGUCGACAGGUCAAGUACUGCCGCUGUGAUCGCUCAAGGAAACGCUGCCAUAGUGUACCUGUACAAGCUUGCGCCCAGAACAAAUGCUACAAUGGUGGGAGGUGUCAGCAGGCCCUUUAUUCUCAGCACUACGUGUGCCAGUGCCCAGCCAGGUACAGCGGGCAGCUGUGUGAGUUUGACACCAAGGAGCAGUGUUAUCAGGACCGAGGCACUGGAUAUCGAGGAACCUGGAGUACCACCCGCUUCGGGACAGAAUGCCUCAACUGGAAUUCAACCGCUGUCUCCCGCACUCACUACAAUGGCCAAAGGCCGAAUGCCCAACAAUUGGGACUGGGGAACCACAAUUACUGCAGGAACCCUGACAAUGACACACAACCCUGGUGCCACACCUAUAAAGGCCACAUCCUGUCAUGGGACAAAUGCAGCAUUCCUGCUUGCCCAAAGAGUCCCACCUCUGAAUGCUACAUCAAAAAUGGGGCGACCUAUCGGGGAACCAGGAGCUACUCACGGUCAGGGAGCCAGUGUCUUAACUGGGAUUCCAAGACUGUCCACAACAAACCGAUUAACGCGUGGGUCCCCAAUGCCCAUCACCUGGGGCUGGGCAGCCACAGUUACUGCAGGAAUCCAAGUAGAAAUUUAAAACCUUGGUGUUACAUUAUGAAAAGUCAAAGAGUCAGUUGGGAAUACUGCAACAUCCAACAAUGCAUUUCACCAGGGACCUGUGGGAAGAGAGACCCCAGAGCGGAGCAGUACCGGAUCCUGGGUGGAAGUGCCACCCAUAUCACCUCCCACCCCUGGCAGGCUGCCAUUUUCUUCUACGAUCGGAGGUCGAAGGAUUACAUCUUCCUGUGUGGAGGGAGCCUAAUCGGAUCCUGUUGGGUCCUCACAGCAGCUCACUGCUUCCCGAGGAGGUUCAAACCACGCGAGAUCAAAGUGAUCAUGGGGAGGACAUUCCGGAAGACAUCAUCACUUGACGACCAGGCACUGGAAGUGGAAAAUUACUUUGUUCACAACGAGUUUGAUGACGACACUUACAAUCACGACAUUGCUCUAAUCAAACUCCAGUCGAAGACUGGGCAAUGUGCCAAGAUGACACGUUACGUUCGGACAGUCUGUCUGCCGUGGGAGAAGCAACAGCUGCCUGACUGGACUGAGUGCGAGAUCUCUGGAUAUGGCAAAGAAAAGGAAUUCUCUCCAUUUUACUCCGAUCGACUGAAGGAAGGGCAUGUCCGUCUCUACCCGUCAAAUCGCUGCACCUCAGCCCACCUGCAAAACCGGACAGUCACUGAAAACAUGAUCUGCGCCGGGGAUACUCAGGGCAAAGACGAUGCCUGCAAGGGAGACUCGGGAGGCCCCUUGGUCUGCAUGACGAAGGGACACAUGAGCCUGCACGGGAUCAUCAGCUGGGGAAUUGGCUGCGGGAGGCCAGGACUGCCAGGAGUCUACACCAAGGUCGCAAACUACCUGGACUGGAUUCACAAGCACAUGACCAAGGCCUGAGGAGCAAGCAACAGCCCGAGACACAACAAGCAGCGUUUGUAACCCUCCCAGGCAAAACUGAACAAUGGGAGUGUUACCCUGACCCCUCAACCUUGGCCUACACAGGGGGCAUUGCCUGAAGUGUUGCUCAGUGAGGUUCAAUCGUACCUGUACCCGGAUCACUGGAUGACACAUUGCUGCUGGGGAGGGAUUUACAUCCUAGCAAUUUGGUUCUAUUGAUGAUUGUCUAAUGCUUUUUCAGCAAUUUUUGACUGCUUGUGCUGUGACCAUUCCCUUCCUGAGGUCAAGGGUUAAUCCGGCUCCCUUAAGUCAAGGGUCUGACUGGUCCCUUCAAAAGAGCUGCCUUUAUAUUCCCCACCCCCUCCCCAAAUUCCACAAAAGAUGACUCCUUGCUUAUUUUUAAAAGUAUUUUUUUAUAAUCUGAUGGUUUUUAAUAGUUGUUUUAUUGUGUGGUCAAACUGUGCCUGUCAGUGGAGUUUCACACAUGCCAGGUCUGGUACCAGGCUAAUUCCUCUGUCUUCCUUCCUUCUGUAGUCUCUAAGUUGUCGACUAACUGCACACCUUCUUCAAUGCUCAUGCCCCUGGCUUCCCCCCCUCUUAAUAAUAAGAGAUUCAGAACCUUUUUGUAAAGCUUAUUUUGCUCCAGGAAUAAUGUGAAUUAACUCUUUGUUGCUGCACCCUCUGGGCUUUUUAAUUGUUGGCCAGUUGUGGUGUGCAGUUGUUCUGUUGAAGGAGUCAAGUUAAUGAUUGAAGGUUCGGAUUCUCCCUUCAAUGACAGUGCACUUCACUGGGUCCAGGAGCAGGCAGGAAUAGCAAUCCUUUAUUAAUACAGGGUGCAACCUUUACUUGUAUGUGUGGGUCUGAGUGUGUACGUGUACGUGCACUUGUGUGGGGGGAGGUGUGUGAGUGGGCAAGCGUCCGAAUCUGACCAAUUUACACUUGGGCUGGAUGUUUCCAGUCAGUGCCUCUCUCCUACACUCAAAUAUCCGGCACAGAUGCGUGUUUGUAGAUUGAGGAACCGGGCUGCUAGAGUUAGAGGUUUCUGUGUAAUGUAAUCUGCAGCUCAGUAAAAAUCAGCUUCAUGUUGUGAGCUAAUCUACAGGGAGGGUCCGGAAAUAAAUUGGUUUUCUUUGUAAACCUAACCCCAAGUCCGAGACAGUGAGCCUGCACUUGGCCUAUGUGUGAGAAAGCCCCUACACACCUGUGAGCAUGCACCUCGGUAGCACCUUUGCAGCCUGUGACUCUCUGCAGCGUAUACUUUCACAUGGUGAUGUGUAGCGGAUCACUCGGAGUCUGAGCUGCUAUGUUACCCAUACUUUUACAUGCAUGUUGUAGUCUGGGCCAAUGGAUGGUGAUGGUAGAGGCUCCAACAUUCUUUCCAUCACAUGGUUGACCAGGAAUCUCUCCCGCUCUUGCCACCUGCCAUUGGCGUGUGUCAAAAGGGUUUACAGGUUGUUUGGUGAUGUCAUGAAUGCACCUCCCUUGGCCAAGUCAUGGGGUGGGAAUCGAACCUGAGUUUAGAGGCAGGGAUACUACCCAUUGCACCACAAUCCUCCACACUUUCACAUAUACAAUUUUUUUUAAGUUGAAGCACUUAAGCACUCCUUUGUACUUAAAUAUUUAUUAGUCUGAUAUUUUGAAUGUUCUAAGAUAUUGUUUGUUUUGCUGGAUGAUGUAUUCAUGCAUUAUUUAAAGAUUUUGUCUUGCGGUUCCAUGUUUUUUAAAAUAAAAAUUUGAAUGUUUGUUUAA